AUACAAUGCAGUAUACGUAUUUGAUUUAAACGAGACAUGUCUCUGAAUAGAAAACAAUAUCUUUAACUUGUUUUUCAACGGAUAGAAUUUUUACGGUAUCAAAUUAAUUCUUUAUAUUAUAUGAUAUAUAAAAAAAAAAUGUAUAUUAGUUUGGAAAUUCUUUGUGGAAUAAUAGUAGCACUUAUUAUGUUCUACUAUUAUUUAACAAUUAAUAACAAUUUUUGGAAAAAUCGUGAAAUAUCUGGACCUCAACCUGUGAUCGGUUUUGGCAAUAUGUUGAAAGUAAUUUUAGGAAAGGAAUCAAUUUCACAAUUUCUCACAAGAAUAUACAAUGAAUAUAAAAACGAGCCCAUGAUUGGAAUAUUUUCAAAAAAUAAUCCUGCUUUAGUUAUUAAAAAUCCUGAUCUUAUAAAAACUGUUUUAAUUAAAGAUUUUCACAAAUUCGCAAAUCGAGGAUUAUUUCCAAUUAAUUCAAGAGAACCAUUGUCCCAGAAUCUUUUCUCUAUUGAGGCAGAAAGAUGGCGGCCAUUAAGAAUAAAUUUUACACCAAUAUUUACCACCAGCAAACUUAGAGGAAUUUGUUCUUUAAUCCUCGAAUGUUCUGAACAACUCGAAAAAUACAUGGAUACUUUAAUAAGAAAAGGAGAACCUCUCGAUGUUCGAGAAAUUACUGCCAGAUUUACCACUGAUGUUAUUGGAAGUUGUGCCUUUGGAAUAGAAAUGAAUUCGUUAUCGGAAAAGGAGAGUGAAUUUCGUCGUCUUGGAAAAGGAGUUUUUACUCCAACUUUCCGAAGAAUAGUGAAAACUAGGAUAAGAAAUUUGACGCCAUGGUUAUACAAUUUCUUUCUUCGUAUAUUACCAUGGGAUGAAAUCACGAAAAAGAUUGUGAAAUUAACGAGUGAAACAAUAGAAUAUAGAGAGAAGAACAAUAUCGUUAGAUCUGAUUUUAUCAAUGUACUUUUAGAUCUCAAAAGACAUCCUGAAAAGAUUGCUGAGAUUGAAUUAACAGACGAUUUAUUAAGUGCACAAACUUUUGUUUUCUUUGGGGCUGGCUUUGAGACUUCUUCGACGAGCAUUAGCAAUGCUCUUUACGAGUUAGCUUUGAAUCAUGAUAUUCAGCAUAAGUUGCGAGAAGAAAUUAAAGAAUUUGAAAAGAAAAAUGAUGGAAAAUGGACAUAUGAAAGCAUAAAAGAAAUGCAAUACUUAGAAAAAAUUUUUCAAGAAACUUUAAGAAAAUAUCCAGUUGUGCCAUUUUUGAACAGAGAGCUAAUAGAUGAUUAUACCUUUGAAAAUAGUAAAAUAACAAUUCCCAAAGGUUUAAAAAUUUGGAUACCCGUUUAUGGCAUUCAUCACGAUCCAAAUAUUUACCCAAAUCCAGAAAAGUUUGAUCCUGAAAGAUUUUCAGAGGAUAAAAUAAAAGAAAGACAUCCUAUGCAUUAUUUACCAUUUGGACAUGGACCAAGAAAUUGCAUUGGUGCACGAUUUGGAACAUACCAAACAAAGAUUGGAUUAGUAAAAAUUAUUCGUAAGUAUAAAGUCGAUAUUUGCGAUAAAACAUUAAUUCCUUAUAAAUUUCAUAAAUUUGCAAAUUUUUUGAUGCCUUUAACGGGUAUAUAUUUGAUGAUAACUGAGUUGGAAAAUUAACAUUUUUUUUUUAAUUUAGAUUUUAUUAUUUAAUGUAUUAAUGUUUAAUAUAAAAUGUA